UAGUAAGUUGCACUUUGGCCCGAGAUAUUGUUUAUAAGGAGACGCGCGGCGCGGCGCAAGCUUUCAGUCUAGUAGUGGUACAAUGCCCGCGUGGGCCAGUGAUAGUGUCAACAAGAUCUGGGGUUCGUCCCCGGGCAACGGCAGCGAUGGAACCACCGGGUCUCCGCCCUCGCCGGCGUCCCCUGGGUCACCUCUGUGUGGCUCUCCCCCCCUGUUACACCGACACUCCUCCGGCUACCUGUCAGAGGGAAGGUCAACCCCCUCGCCACCUCCCGAGCUGUCAGAGGACUCGUGGAUAAACUACAUCCUCCUCCACUUCAUCCCCAACCUGGUCGGUGCCGUGUUCUACCUAGUAUGGACCCAGGUGAUCCUGUUCGGACCCACGCUGUGGUUCUCGGCGUGGCUGUGGUGUCUCGGAAAGUUGAUUUUGAUGCCUCUCAACAUGACCAAGUGGGUGCUGACGGUGCUGACCACACCGGCGUCCGAGAGACUGCGGAGGAAGAGGACUGUUCUGAUCAGCGGAGGAAGUACGAUACAGACGAUCCAUCUGGCGAGGAACUUUCACUCCGCGGGAGCCAGGGUCGUGGUGUUCGAUGUGCAAGGAAGUUUUGGACUGGCGAGAUUUUCAACAGCCGUGGAUAAAUACUACACAGUUCCGUCUCCCUUUGGAGAUAGAGCCGAUAAGUACGUGGCCGCUGUGAAGAGGAUAGUGGAAGAGGAGAGAGCCGUGUAUUACAUCCCUGUCAGCUCUAGUUCUACAGCUUACCACGACGCUUUAGUGAAGCCGCACGUAGAGCUGAUGGGCUGCACGUGCUUCUGUCCCGGACUGAAGGAGGUUUGUGUUUUGGACGACGUGUUCGAAGUGAUGAGGAGGUGUCACGCCGAAGGUAUGGCUACGCCGUUACACUACCCGAUCACCAGCACCGACGAUGUGUACAGACUGUACGAGAAAGGGACGUUGUGUAGUGGAAGACACGUUAUGAUCAACGUAGGUCCGCUAGGUUGUCGGGACAGAGUGAGGAUUGUGUUGCCACAGAAGGUCCAGGACUUCAAGAUGAGACACGAGGUUAGUCAGCAGAGACCUUGGGUGAUCGUCAGAGACUAUCCCGGUGACCACUUUGUAACGUGUACCACUGUCAAAGAUUCUGCGGUGGUCGCUAAUGUGACGUGUAAGGUGGACGCGGUCCAGGGAGGAUUGACUCCGGUCAACCACCACGAGAUCAAUCUCUGGAUCAAACAGUUCUUCGCCAAGUUGAAAUUCUUGCGACCUCUCACCGGUCACAUAAGUUUCCGAUUUGUCGUGUCUUCGGCGAGUGGAAGCAUAGUACCUCUAGGGUGCAAGGUGGGAGUCUCUAUGCCGUACAUAUGUCAUACGAGUGUCCACCCCAGGAUGAUAUGGAAGCCUUGCCGUCACUUCAACCCUCAGUCGCCUGGACCGCUUAUCAGCGAAGUGGGCCGCUACUGGAUGCACCAGGUUGUCAUGGACACUUUGAGGAGUCCCGGGCUCAACUCAUUCAGGAGGUUCCUCAGCACGCUGCUCAACAAGCAGGAGGCGUUGUUCGUCUACUGGGAUCCACUACCGUACUUCGCCUACUACCACAUCCAGCUGCCCAUCACCAACAUCUGUAGAUUCCUGCGCGGCCACAGGACGAUCGACAAUGGCGGCCACGGCUUCAGGAGGGUCGCAGGAGUCCGGUAACUCUUAGUCUUGUAUACGUUAGUUGUAGAUCGGCUCGGGUUGCAUUUAAUGAUGUUCGUCAUUUGCAUUUAAGGUAUUAUCUAUAUUACCUAUGAGUUGAUGGACGUUCCUAAGUGCUAAUCUUAGUUCGUUGUAACGUACUGUUGAUGAGUGAAUUUUUACACCAUUUUAACACUUUCCACACUCUUAUAUUUGGUAUUAUAAACAUUUCCGAAUCAAAAUUAUUUACGAGCAAUCCUAAUGGCUUCAAUCCAACCUAAUAUCAUUAUUCAUUAAAUUUCUUUAAUUUAUUGCAUUCAUCUUUUCUUUUAACGUCCAAAACACAUUUUCACCAUCGACGGUAUGUUAUAACGAAGCCGAUAAUAUAGGUGAUAUAGUUAUUACUCUUUGUAAAUUUGAUGUUAUAAUGUGAGCAAUCACGUUGUUGACGAGUGCAUUGUAUCAGUGCCGGGCUGUUGAACCAAGGAAGUGAAGAGCCCAGGGGCCAGUGCAAACAAACAGAUGAUACCACAAUCAUUUGUUAAUUAAGCAAUCAAUUGGUCAAUCUCUUGACAGAGCGGCCAUGCGUUGGGAGCGUGGUGCGAAAUGUAUGUGAAAACUGAAGGAAAAGUUUGGAAUAUGUGUCUUCUGAACAGCGCCCUCUGUAGUGUUCCAUUCAAAACAUUCUUCUUUUUAUUAGUUGUCAAUGUAGAUUUUAUAAAAUCCCUCUUACGAACUGUUUUGUAAAAAUACUGCGGAAUUAUCUAACAUAUUACUCUCAUUAAGCUAUUUAUUAGUGUUAAAGACAUAAUUCAUUCAAGAAGAUAUUUGGCUGAUAUUGAAAUUGCUACUUGCCUAUGCACUUGAUAUAGUUUAAUUUUGUUUGUAUCAUUGUGGUUUUACCUGUUUUAUUAGAAAGUCGUCUAUAUUUUCUCGUUUGUUUUCUUUAUUUUCUAAUAAAAUAUACACUACAGCUUUGCGUGACUAGUAAUAUAUACAACAACUGAUUUAGACUGCUCAUUUCUAAGGAAAACUUACGAUGAUUUAAAUACUUAGAUGUAAUAUCGAAAUGUAUCUAGAUUAUCAUUAUUAGUAACGCGCCUUCUACUAAACGAAUAGCCUAAAUAAUUGAAUAAAUUAGUUCCAGCGGACCGAACACUGCUCGUGAUGUUUAAUUUGUACGUAAAACAAUAUGCAAUAAAACAAAUCAUAUAAUAAUAUUUUAUCAUGCUCACGUAUUGGUGCUAUUUCCGCAAAUUUUUUGCACGACCCUGUCGUCUCAAGUCAUUGAAAAAAACAUUAGUCUAAAUAAACUCGCAAUACUGUACUGAGUAAAAAAUACCAAAAUAAAAAUUCUGCAUUUAAAAAUAGUACUAUUACAGCAUUGUCAUUUUUAUUAAAGCUGAGCCAUUGUAUACGAUGUUAUAUCAGUUCAUCAUAUAUUUGAUAGUUUAUGUGCUAUAUUUGACAUCGGGUUUCCUCCACCAAUUAAUUGACUUUAAUUAAUUUAAUUGCUGUAAGACGCAUCGUUCAUGUUUGUGCUAGGCCUGAGAAAGUAUUAUUUUUAUUCAAAACCAUUGAAUUCCAUUGAUGAAUCCACUGUUAGAAAUAAGUUAAAGUGUUAACAUAAAAAUGGCAAAAUAGUUAUUAAAAACUGCAAAUAAACUCUCCGAAAAUUUUUUAAGUCAAUUUUCUGCUGUAAAUUUUGUUUCAAAAGCUGAACUUAGGGGUUCGCCGACAAAAAAUAUCAUAGCAUUUACUUUGUGUUCUGGAGUCUAGAACAGAGUAUAUUUAUAUAAGUGUGAAUAGGUUAGUUUUAAUAAUGAAUCACAUUUAAAAUAUGUCUAAAUAAAACAAUCAUGUCAAAAUUAUCUAGUUACAAAAAUUAUUAAAUACAAAAUUAUUGUCAAAAGUUACAGAAAAUAUCGUCCUUUCGUGUUUCCCUCAAUACUCUUUGUUCAGCAUUAGUUAAUUAUCUUUUACGGUAAAAUAUUCUACGAUUUUGAACAGUCGUAGUUAUCCCAUUGCUCUAUAACACGCCCCAAGCUUAUUAAAUAACCAAUGCUAAAUGAUAUUUAUGGGAAUGCCCUUUUAUUUUGUACUGUAUUUAGUAAUUUGCCACUUUACUGUAGAUGGUUUGUUAUAAGCAUAUGUUCAUUCAAUUAAUUCAUUUUCGUGUUCGUAGAGCUGUCUUGGCUACCUAGCUUUCCAUAAGACUAAUGUUAAAAAUAUUAAAAUUUAAUUUUAAGUUUUUGACGAAAAACGAAUUUUCCCAGAACCGUGGGAAUAUUGUUGGGAAAUGAAUAUUGUUUUUAGCCUGAAACUAAGAUAUUCCUAACAAUUUUUAUGAAAUCAUAGGAACUGUUUUUGAAAUCAUUGUCCGCAAACGUUCAAAUCAAAAAUUAUUUUUGUAAAUGAACACAACAAACAUAUUUGUCUGUAAUAAGUUACAGUAUAGAUUAAUGAAAAACGAAUUUUUCCAGAACAGUGGCUAGCAUGGAUAUUGUUUUUAGCCUGAAACUUAAGAUAUUCCUAAAAAUUUGGAUGAAAUCAUGAAAUAAUUGUGCUCAAACGUUACUCGUAUUACAGUAUAGAUAUUAAAAGAAUAACAUUCAGGUGAUUAAACAAUUUACUAACAAUUAAUAAAUCGGUCUACACAGUUAUUUUCUAUUUUAUCAAAAUUAAAAUUGUGAAGUGCAAAUCAUUCAAUAAAGUAUACUUAUGAAAUACUUCUGAAUUGUCCUCAUAAUAUAACGAACGGGAUUGAUGAUGUAACAAGCUUUAUUAUUUAACCUACAGUACUCUCAUAGAUAGUAUUCACAGUAUACUUACACGUCCUACGACGUAUUAUAUUAUUGUCGUCUUUAUGUUGGGAUAUAACAGUUUCAGAUGAGUUGUCACAGUCAACCAACCGGUGUGAUAAAUAAAUUUUCAAUUGCCAUUUCUAUUUGGACUGUAAUGUAUUGUACUACAACAUUUCUACUCCAAUUUUUUUAAAUAAUUCUAGAGCUACAUAACAUCUUAACACACAUGUUUAUUCAUAAACAAUUUAUCACUGUCCAACAAUCAACUGUAUGAAAAUUAAAAAAAAUUAACAAAAAAGCUUGUGUUUGCAGAGCAAAAGUUAAUGUUGGAUGAAAUAGUUUAUAGGCUGAUUGCUAUAAAUAACCAGCACGAGUCGAUUUAGCUGUGCAGUGCAUUUUUCUGACAUGUAACUGUAUUUAAAAGACGUACCCUGAUUUCGACAAAUAAAAUGAUCCUGUCAGUAAAACAUACCAUGUCGUUAUAUAAUAUAUUAUUUUCAAUGUGUCGAAUUGUUUAUCUACAUACAAUAACAUAUAUUAAAUACAUUUAAUAAAACAUUUAUUAUUUAAUAGAUUUAAUGUAUUUCCGUCGAUGAAAAAUGUAAAUGUAAAAGUAUUGUUGGCAGAGUAAUAUCUAAUUCAUCUAAAACACUAUAACACAGCUCUUCGCAAAACUUAUGUGAGGUCGGGGUUAUCGAUGAAAACUUCGUGUCGUGAGUUAAUUGGAUAUGCGACUUACUUAAAAGAUUCCAGUCAGUUUGACAAAAGUAUAUUGCAUAUUUUUUGCCUAAAUUUAUUUUUGGCACUCGCUCUUAUGUUGGGACUAGGCCAAAGCUAGUGUCAAAAAAGAUAUCCUUCAGGUUCAAAUUAGGAAACUAAAAAAAUGUCUUUCUCUCUUAAAGAUGUCGUGUUUUUGUAAACACAAAAACGUAAGUAUAUACAAACAUUUAUAUAUUUUAGUGAAACACCCUGCUUUAUUUUCCGGCCUCGGUCAACAGCUGACAGACAGGAGGUAUUGUUGUCAUUCGAUCAGCUGAUUGUAGCUCGUGUGAUAAGUGAUAACAGGGUGAGCUUUGACUGUGCCACUGUCAACUGCACGUCGUACUUUGGCUGUUCCGGUCCCUCGUACAAUCUUACGUCAUCAUUGUACAAUCAAUAUUUUGUUCCAGAGGUCACAGAAAUUAAUAUUCUCGGACCUUAGACCAUCGGGUUUGUUUACGGUCCAAUAAUACUUUUGAUUGUUUAACGGUCCCAGUUCGGGUUGAGUGCGUGGCUGGCUUGUGAUUGAUAAUUAAUUGUUUGACAAAAUGGAAAAUAUUACUGACAAUCUUUUCUUUUGAAUUUUGCUGUUCUUGAACGAUUGCACGAGGUGUUGGGAUAUUUAACAAUAUUUUUGCUAACGGAAAACAACAAUAGUAUAUUUACUAGCUAAUAUAAUGUUUAUUUUGGUCAAGUAAAUAUAGCGUAUUAUAAUUUAAAUGAUUAACAAUUUAAUUUAUUGUUUCUUAUGCGACGCUAUAAUAUUAUUCCUUUACAGCCUAUGAGCAGUUGUUAAAAAUAUUAUUUUUGCUAUUAAAUUAUUAAAUUUAAAUUCAUUAACUGAAAUUGAAUUAUUUAUUAUCAAUUUCAGGAUCGUUAUUAGCCUAAGGCCUAUAAAUAUACAAUGUUUAUUUCGAUGUAAAUUUUUUAUUGUUUUGCUUACUCCUCAUAUGAAUCCCAAGCAUCAAAUUCAUUUUCUAAAUACAUUUAUUCAGGAAUAGGAUGGUUCUUUUACCAAAAAGUAUCAAGGCUUUACAAAACUGUGUUUUUCAAAACCUGGACGUUGCCAAAAAUAUAUUUAUUAGUUGUUUACGAAUAAAAAAAUAAUUUAGAAAAUAAAAAAAAUUAUUUAAGACUUGUGUCUGCCAACCUUUAUAUUUAUUAAGACAAAAAUACAUUUUUUGCAAUACAUUUAUUUAAACAUUGGUAGUCUUGUAGAUAUAGUUGAACACUUGAAAAUUUGGAAUAUGAUUACAUAUUUAUUAAAGAAACAAUAUUUUGAAAUACGAACCCUAGUUAUAUUUAUCAAAUUGGUCUAUUAAAUGUUUGUGAUUUAAAGUGCGAGAGGUCGUUUCUAAUAUAGGCUAUUCAUGAAAAGAAUAUUCUUACGUGUGUCGUAAAAACACCUUUUUUCCGCUACAUCAGAAAGUCAUGUUCUAAUGCUUUGCUUGUUAUUGUCGACUUAGUAUUAUACCACUUUGCACUGGCCCCUCCACAAUAUGUUGUAAAUAGUCAGUUGUAACGAGUAGACUGAGUAGAUGUAAGGCUAGAUGUUCAUAUGUUUUAUACUAUAUUAUUUAUUCUUUAUUAUUUUAUAUUUAUUUUUUGUGAUAGUGGGUGUAUGAUAGUUGGAUGUAAUCAAAGGUUGAAAUAUAUUGUUGAGUUUGAUAAUAAA